CACAUAAUGUUACUGCGACACCACUGCUAAAAGACGAGCUGAAACAAGCCCGGACUGCUUCCUGUGUUCAGCCGCCUCACACGGCAAGAGAGCGUCGUCAUAUAAGCACGUUUGUCCCCUACGAAACCUUGAACAAACGUUUCAGGGCAGCUCAGAAGAACAUUGACAGAGAGACAAGUCACGUGACAAUGGUUGUUGCAGAGCUGGAGAAGACACUGAGCAGCUUCCCGGUGGUAGACUCUGUGGUAUCACUGCUGGAUGGAGUGGUGGAGAAACUCAGUGCUUUGAAGAGGAAGGCUGCCGAGUCCAUCCAGGCCGAAGAUGAAAGUGCCAAGCUGUGUAAGCGUCGCAUUGAGCACUUGAAAGAGCACAGCAGCGAUCAGCCAGCCUCGGUCAACCUGUGGAAGAAAAAAAGGAUGGAUCGCAUGAUGGUCGAGCAUCUGCUGCGCUGCGGCUACUACAACACAGCCGUUAAACUGGCCAGACAGAGUGGUAUAGAGGAUCUGGUGAACAUUGAGAUGUUCCUCACAGCUAAGGAGGUGGAGGAGUCUCUGGAGAGGCAGGAGACAGCCACUUGUCUAGCUUGGUGCCAUGACAAUAAAUCCCGUCUUCGCAAGAUGAAGAGUUGCCUUGAGUUCAGUCUGAGAAUCCAGGAGUUCAUUGAGCUCAUCAGACAGAACAAACGCAUGGAUGCAGUCAGACAUGCGAGGAAGCACUUCAGCCAAGCAGAAGGAGGGCAGUUGGAUGAGGUUCGGCAGGUGAUGGGCAUGCUGGCCUUCCCAUCAGACACACAUAUCUCCCCUUACAAGGAUCUUUUGGAUCCAGCCCGUUGGAAGAUGCUGAUCCAGCAGUUCAGAUAUGACAACUACAGACUGCACCAGCUGGGAAACAACUCUGUGUUCACUAUCACCCUACAAGCUGGCCUGUCUGCUAUUAAGACACCUCAGUGCUACAAGGAGGAUGGUACCUCGAAGAACCCAGACUGUCCAGUCUGCAGUAAAUCCCUCAACAAGUUGGCCCAGCCACUACCUAUGGCCCACUGUGCUAACUCCAGACUAGUCUGUAAGAUCUCCGGGGAAGUCAUGAAUGAAAACAACCCGCCGAUGAUGCUUCCUAAUGGAUAUGUUUAUGGAUACAAUUCUCUUCUGUCCAUCCGCCAAGAUGACAAAGUGGUGUGUCCCAGAACCAAAGAAGUCUUCAACUUCUCUCAGGCUGAGAAGGUCUACAUCAUGUGAUCACUCAGACAACCUGUCUGAGCAUUUACAUGAUUGAGUACAGCCUGUUAUUCAUCAUCUGAGACCAGGCCGACUCAGAGAGCCACCUGUGGAGCUGUGAUCCAGUGCCCUUCUGCCCCCUGCUGACACACCCAGCAUUUCACACAACCCCCUCCCCUCCUCUGAAUACAUGAUCAACGACGGUUAUUCACUCUCGCCUCUCCUAUUUAUCUCACAGAAACUGGACUACUCUCCGUUCAGACUGUUUUAGAUGUGGAUAGAUAACAAAAGAAGUUGUUCCAUUCAAGCACAUAGACUAUCAAAAUGAUUAUCUUACUGUCCCCACUCCAGGAGAGGGCUGAGGGACUGAAAACGAUGCUAGGUAGAGAUUUGAUUUUAUUACAAAUAAAACUUGUUGAGGUUACUUUGAGCUUUUCCUUACACAAGUGUUCUUUUUUGUAUUUUACUUCAAUAACGUGGCAGGCAGUUAACUUGCUUCAUUAACCAGAUUAACAUGUAAUAUUUGGCCCUUUUUCAUACAAACAUGGCUGACCUCUUGGUCUUAAAGUAGCAUCUUACUCUGUGAUGCAUGCUGUAGGCAUUCCUUGUCUUUUGACCAUGUUUUGGGGGAGAUGUGUUAAAUGUGUCUUUUUAACUGCCUCCCUUUUGCAUUUCAACGCUCGUUGGCUGUGAAACUGGAGCCUGGUUUGGUCCCAGUAGGCUCCCUUCAAGUGUAAAUAUUAGUUAGGAAUUAAUCAUCCUCGUGUAAAUUCAGGGGUCCUGAAAAAGACGACGAAGAUUAAUCUUAAGAAAGAUUGGAGUGUAAACUGAGUAUUUUCUUGGGUGUUGUAAAUCUGAUUUAGUCCCUAGUAUCCUCAAGCUAACAGGUCGUUCAGUAUAACUUUUUUUGAGGAAGCUGUUAGUUUCCCUUAUGUGGUUACAUUCAUUAUGGUUUAAAUAUUACCAUAAUGACAUUAAGGGCAAUAUUCAAACAAGAAUACCAUAUUUGAUAUUUUUUUAUUAUUAAACUGAUUGUCUUCCUUUUUUUGUGUGUGAGGUUUACCGUUUUUAGUUCUCUUCAACCAUUUUCUGUUUGAAACCUCACAUUUCAGUGAGCCUUUGUGAUUCACUCAAUGUACAUCAUCCACUUUUCCAACAAAUAGGUAGAUAAUGCAGGACUGUGCUGAUAUUGUUCAUAUACUCGGGUAAUGCUCCUUGCAGCAGAUACUCCAAAGGGUUUGCAUAACAGAGAAUUAUACAGACUGCUAGAAACAUUUGUUUUCUUCAUUCACAUGUCAGCCUUCAUAUGAAAAAUGCAUUAAGAGGCAGGGUCAGUGUUCUGAAAAGACAUGCUGCCUUUUCUUGCACACCUUUACAGAAAACACCACUCAUCCUCUGACUGGAAACUCACUUUGGAUGAUGAAUGGACUGGGAACGUGGGAAAAAGAAUAAACUUGACUCUUGAAAGUUGACUUCAAUGAAAGCUAACGCACAAAUAACUUCUUAAUUGUAAACAGUUAACCCCAAUACCAUCCAUCAUUUUGUUAAUUGACAAACCAAAAGUUGCCUCAUUUGUGUCCAUCAGUAAGUUGGAACUGUAUGUGUAAAGACACAGACUGUCCUGUGUGUUCUUGUUGGUAGAAUAGAUAAAGGGAAUGUUUCAUGAGCAAAAAUAUGUCUUAUAAAGAUUUCAGUUAACUUUGAUUUCAGUGUUUCUUUAUUUGCAAUGUCUAGUUUGCUCUGUGGUCUCUGAAAUCAGCAUUACAAUAAGCUGUUGGAGGUAUCAUACGGUUAACAAUACACUGUGGUUCUGUUGACAUGGGAAUACAACCAAGUGUUCUGUCUUUCACCUGAAACUACAGCUUGUCUCAGGUGAUCAGCAAUUCGUAUAUAGGGUGCAUGUACAGUGUUAAACAAAUUUAUUAGACCACCCUAACCAAAGUACGGUUUAUGCCACAGCUAC